AUGGAUCACGUUGUGGGUGGAAAGUUUAAGCUUGGAAGGAAAAUUGGGAGUGGUUCAUUUGGUGAACUUUAUUUAGGUGUAAACAUUCAAAAUGGAGAAGAAGUAGCCAUCAAGCUGGAAUCUGUGAAGACCAAGCACCCUCAACUUCACUAUGAAUCUAAAAUUUAUAUGCUUCUUCAAGGAGGAACGGGCGUUCCCAACCUGAAAUGGUUUGGAGUUGAGGGGGAAUAUAAUAUUAUGGUUAUAGACCUUCUUGGACCAAGUCUGGAAGAUCUCUUCAACUACUGUAACAGGAAGUUCUCCUUGAAAACAGUAUUGAUGCUUGCAGAUCAAUUAAUUAAUAGAGUUGAAUACAUGCAUUCAAGAGGUUUUCUUCACCGUGAUAUAAAGCCAGACAACUUUCUGAUGGGCCUAGGGCGCAAAGCAAACCAAGUUUAUGUUAUCGAUUUUGGUCUUGCCAAAAAAUAUAGGGAUCUCCAGACUCAUAAACACAUACCUUAUAGGGAAAACAAGAAUCUCACAGGUACUGCUCGUUAUGCCAGUGUUAAUACUCAUCUUGGAGUUGAACAAAGCCGGAGAGAUGAUUUGGAAUCUCUUGGUUAUGUCCUUAUGUAUUUCCUGAGAGGAAGCCUCCCCUGGCAGGGACUGAGAGCUGGCACCAAAAAGCAGAAAUAUGACAAGAUUAGUGAAAAGAAGAUGUUAACUCCUAUAGAGGUGCUGUGCAAAUCAUAUCCAUUGGAGUUCACAUCAUAUUUUCACUAUUGCCGAUCAUUAAGAUUUGAGGACAAGCCUGAUUAUUCUUAUUUGAAGAGGCUUUUCCGAGACUUAUUUAUUCGUGAAGGGUACCAAUUUGACUACGUGUUUGAUUGGACUAUAUUGAAGUAUCCUCAGAUUGGUGCUAGUUCAAGAACACGAAAUUCCAGUGGAAAUGCAGGGGCUGGAACCUCUGGCGAAAGACCAGGAAGAACAUCAGUGGGUCAAGACGUUCGAGAUCGAUUCUCAGGCCCUCCUGAAGCUUUUUCCAGAAAAAAUCCUUCAGGGUCAGGUUGGCAUGGUGAACAUUCUAGACACAGGACAUCAGAUGUACCUUCAUCCAAGGAUGUGCAACCAGAUUUAGAAAGAGGCCAAACUUCUCGAAAUGGAAGCUCUUCAAAGAGAGCUGCCAUUUCAAGCUACAGACCAAGCUCCUCUGGUGAACCCAGAUUGGUAUCAAGCAGACAAAUGAUUCAACCUGGGAUGGAACCUAAACCCUCAUCUUUCUCUCGUGCUGCACCCACUAAAGGUGCUCGCGAUGACCCUCUUCGAAGCUUCGAGUUCCUCUCAAUCAGGAAGUAA